AUGCAUGUGUGCACAUGUGCGUGUGCGUUAACCGAACCGACCUUCCAACAAAAUUUUCACCAUCCAAAAAGGCAGAAAUCAUCAAGAAAUUCUAAUCUAUUGAUAUACGGUCGAAUUGUUGGAAUAUUCUUUUUUUUUCUUAUCAUCAUACCCAGUGAAUAACCGUCUAAUCUAUCUUUUCUUUUUAAAAUCCGGUUUCAAUUCUUUUACUUACUGUAGAUAAUAAUGCAACGACAAUUCAGGCCAAUUUUAGCUCAAUUUUUUCGAGCCCAAUCAUUAUCAUCACAUCAACAAAAUGUUAAUCGUCAUCAAUCAAUACAUACGGUAACAAUGAUUCCCGGUGAUGGUAUUGGUCCCGAAAUAUCGGAAUCGGUGGAAAAAAUUUUCGCUGCUGCCAAAGUACCGAUCGAAUGGGAUCGUGUAGAUGUCACCCCAGUCAAAGGUCCGGAUGGUCGUUUUUCAAUCCCACUGAAAGCAAUCGAAUCUGUACAACGUAAUAAGAUUGGUCUCAAAGGGCCAUUAGCAACACCGAUCGGUAAAGGACAUCGAUCAUUAAACUUGGAAAUUCGUAAAGUAUUUUCAUUAUAUGCUAAUGUACGGCCAUGUCGUUCAUUGGAAGGUUAUAAAACAUUGUACGAUAAUGUCGAUAUUGUCACUAUUCGUGAAAAUACUGAAGGCGAAUAUAGUGGUAUCGAACAUGAGAUUGUACCGGGUGUCGUACAAAGUAUCAAACUAAUCACUGAACCAGCUAGUCGUCGUGUUGCUGAAUAUGCAUUCGAAUAUGCUAUAGCGAAUGGCCGUAAAGUCAUUACAGCUGUACAUAAAGCCAACAUUAUGCGAAUGUCCGAUGGUCUAUUUUUGCAAUGUUGUCGUGAAACGGCCGAAAAACAUCCUGAAAUCAAAUAUAAAGAAAUGUACUUGGAUACCGUUUGUUUGAACAUGGUCCAAGAUCCUUCUCAAUUCGAUGUAUUGGUCAUGCCCAAUCUGUACGGUGAUAUUCUAAGUGAUUUGUGUGCCGGUUUAAUUGGUGGCCUCGGUGUGACACCUUCGGGUAAUAUUGGCAAAGAAGGUGCUGUAUUUGAAUCUGUACACGGUACUGCACCAGAUAUUGCCGGUCAAGAUAAAGCCAAUCCAACGGCAUUAUUACUUAGUUCAAUUAUGAUGUUACGUUAUAUGGAAAUGAAUGAAUUUGCCGAUAAAAUUGAACAUGCAUGCUAUGAUGUGAUUCGUGAAGGCAAACAUCGUACGGCCGAUCUAGGCGGCAAGGCUAAAUGUUCCGAAUUUACCAAUGAGAUUUGUGCACGACUCUAAAGAGUGAGAUAAUGAUUGUAUAUCUCUCACCUCACCCCCACUACUCCCGUUUCAAUCACCACAACCACCACCGACACCAUCUACAUCUCUCUCCACACACCCAGUUGCUAUAUUAUUAUUAUUAUUCAUCUCGUUGGCCUCUACGUAUUAAAAGACAAUGAAUAGGUAAUCAAAAACAAACAGAGAAAUAUUCGCCCAUUUGUAAAUUGUGAAUUAAUGAUCAAUUUGAUUGAUUAAUGAUGAUAAUUUAUUUUCUGUGUUUUUGUUGUUGUUGUUGUUGUUGUUUAUGUAUUAGGAAUUAUACCAAUAACAAUAAAAUUGAAAAAAAAUGAAUGAAGAUUAAAAUAUAAUCGAAUAUGA